AAGGAGAGGCCUCUGUCUUCCUCCAUGAUGCUGUCGAGUAAGAAGUCAGACGCAGGUUCCUCUUCCUCCGCCUCUUCCACCUCCUUGGCGCCAGGGGGAGCUGAGCGGUCCCUUGAGGCCCAGUCUCCUGCCCAGGCGGGGGCCCCUCCCUUGGCCCCGGGUGCCGUGGAGAUCAAAAAGAAGGAGCGGGCCUCUCCGAGCGGGGAACCUGGUGGGCCCCCACUGCCCCACCCCCCAGGCCCCGGGGGGGUGGACCCGGACACGGCCGAGGGUCGCAGGACAAGCCGCCGCAAGCGAUCAAAAGUAAACAACCUAUAAUACCUGUCCACCCAUCUUAGAGAGAAAUAGAAUAAGUCACUACAAGCAUGUGCCCCCUCCAGCCGUAGACCAAGAGCACAUCGAAUGACUAACGAUAUUGAGUUAAUACAGUAAUCUUGGUAUGUCGGUCUAAUUAGUGGUGAACAACACCCAGAGCAGUACAGGGAGCUUGACCAUUUGCUUAAUCUCAGGUGAGCUGGAACAUGGUUUUAAUGGAGCGUUUAUUGUGCCUCUUGUUGCAGGUGGAGUACCGCGAGAUGGACGAGAGCCUGGCCAAUCUGUCCGAGGACGAAUACUACUCUGAGGAGGAGCGCAACGCCAAGGCGGAGAAGGAGCGCAAGCAGGUGAUCCCGCCACCGGCGCCGCCCGUGGAGGAGGAGGCGGACAGCGAGCCUGAGGAGCCCUCUGGUGAGUGUGAGUCGGACUGUGCGAAAGUGCGUGCCUGCGAGCGGGAAUGUCACAUUGGGCAGCGAAAGGUGUGUGUGUGUAUGUGUCAGGACGGGCGUUGAGGGUGGCGUGUUUGUGGUUUUCCAGGCGUGGAGGGAGCUGCGUUCCAGAGCCGCCUCCCACACGACCGCAUGACCUCCCAGGAGGCCGCCUGCUUCCCGGACAUCAUCAGCGGGCCCCAGCAGAUGCAGAAAGUGUUCCUGUACAUCCGCAACCGCACGGUGAGAACACACACCUACUUCUUUAACAAGACUUGCUUAGUUCUGGAGAAUAUUGUACAUUUUGGAAUUGGGUCUGAAAUUGUGGCAAAUUAUUUGUUUCAGCUCCAACUUUGGCUUGAUAACCCGAAAAUCCAGCUAACCUUCGAAGCCACAGCACAACAGUUUGAAGCGCCAUACAACAGUGAUACAGUGCUGGUGCACAGAAUACACAGUUACCUGGAGAGACACGGCCUCAUCAACUUUGGGAUCUACAAGAGAGUCAAGCCUUUACCAAGUGAGUAUAUUAGCCUUUUACUUUCUGCCUGAUAUACUAUAGUAACUGUAUGUACAAUGCUUAUGCUCACAUUUAGAUAUGGGCAUUUCCAUGUAAAAAGCCCCAAGAGCAGUUAAUAAGAGCAUAUCAAAUUUGGUGUCAAAUUAAAGCUGAGUCUAUUUUUUAUUUAUUUUUUAAUUAAGGUGUAUAUACAUAUUUGAACAAUUUUUCAUCCUAAAAUGUAGGAAUAAGCAAAGUCUUUGAUUUCUGGUCAAACAGAGGAAAGGGGGUCUUAUAAAACAACUAGCAGAAAAAGUCUUAAAAGCUAUUAGAAAUACAUCAAAACACUGUUGAAGUGAAGACCCCUGCCAACUAAUAUCAACAUUUAGUUUUUGCAGAAAUUAUUUGCCUUCUGUAAGUUUAAGAAAUAUUACCUAGUGCCUUGUCAUUCUGUGACCGAAAACCUUUAAAAGCCCCCAUGCAGUCUUUGUAAUGUUAUUUUUUUAAACUCUUCACUAUGUCUAAUAAAUCACUGUGUGUUUAUUUAAUGAAAAUAACUUCUAAAUAUACAGUACCAGUCAAAAGUUUGGACACACCUACUCAUUCAAGGGUUUUUCUUGAUUUUUUUAACUAUUUUCUACAUUGUAGAAUAAUAGUGAAGACAUCAAAACUAUGAAAUAACACAUAUGGAAUCAUGUAGUAACCAAAAAGGUGUUAAACAAAUCAAAAUAUAUUUGAGAUUCUUCAAAGCAGCCACCCUUUGCCUUGAUGACAGCUUUGCACACUAUUGGCAUUCUCUCAACCAGCUUCAUGAGGUAGUCACCUGGAAUGCAUUUCAAUUAACAGGUGUGCCUUGUUAAAAAAUAAUUUGUGGAAUUUCUUUCCUUCUUAAUGCGUUUGAGCCAAUCAGUUGUGUUGUGACAAGGUAGGAGGGGGUAUACAGAAGAAAGCCCUAUUUGGUAAAAGACCAAGUCCAUAUUAUGGCAAGAACAGCUCAAAUAAGCAAAGAGAAACGACAGUCCAUCAUUACUUUAAGACAUUAAGGUCAGUCAAUACGGAACAUUUCAAGAACUUUGAAGUUACCUCUGCUGCAGAGGAUACAUUCAUUAGAUUUACCAGCCUCAGAAAUCGGCAAUUAACUGCACCUCAGAUUGCAGUCCAAAUAAAUACUUCACAGAGUUCAAGUAACAGACACAUCUCAACAUUAACUGUUCAGAGGAGACUGCAUGAAUCAGGCCUAAAGGACACCAAUAAUAAUAAGAGACUUGCAUGGGCCAAGAAACACGAGCAAUGGACAUUAGACUGGUGGAAAUCUGUUCUUUGGUCUGAUGAGUCCAAAUUUGAGAGUUUUGGUUCCAACCGCUGUGUCUUUGUGAGACGCAGAGUAGGUGAACGGAUGAUCUCUGCAUGUUUAGUUCCCACGUGAAGCAUGGAGGAGGAGGUGUGGAGAUGCUUUGCUGGUGACACUGUCAAUGAUUUAUUUAGUAUUCAAGGCACACUUAACCAGCAUGGCUACCACAGCAUUCUGCAGCGAUACGCCAUCCCAUCUGGUUUGCGCUUAGUGGGACUAUAAUUUGUUUUUAAACAGGACAAUGACCCAAAACACACCUCCAGGCUGUGUAAGAGCUAUUUGACCAAGAAGGAGAGUGAUGGAGUGCUGCAUAAGAUUACUUGGUGUUAGCAGGUUUUCAGUACUUCAUGGCGUAGUGUGUUACCAAUUGUUUUCUUUGUGAUUAUGGUCCCAGCUGCCUUGAGAUCAUUGACAAGAUCCUCCCAUGUAGUUCUGGGCUGAUUCCUCACCGUUCUCAUGAUCAUUGCAACUCCACAAGGUGAGAUCUUGCAUGGAGCCCCAGGCCGAGGGAGAUUGACAAUUAUUUUGUGUUUCUUCCAUUUGCGAAUAAUCGCACCAACUGUUGUCACCUUCUCACCAAGCUGCUUGGCGAUGGUCUUGUAGCCCAUUCCAGCCUUGUGUAGGUCUACAAUCUUGUCCCUGACAUCCUUGGAGAGCUCUUUGGUCUUGGCCAUGGUGGAGAGUUUGGAAUCUGAUUGAUUGAUUGCUUCUGUGGACAGGUGUCUUUUAUACAGGUAACAAACUGAGAUUAGGAACACUCCCUUUAAGAGUGUGCUCCUAAUCUCAGCUCGUUACCUGUAUAAAAGAAACCUGGGAGCCAGAAAUCUUUCUGAUUGAGACGGGGUCAAAUACUUAUUUCCCUAAUUAAAAUGCAAAUCAAUUUAUAACAUUUUUUACAUGCGUUUUUCUGGAUUUUUUUGUUAUUCUGUCUCUCACUGUUCAAAUAAACCUACCAUUAAAAUUAUAGACUGAUCAUUUCUUUGUCAGUGGGCAAACAUACAAAAUCAGCAGGGAAUCAAAUACUUUUUUUCCCUCACUGAAGAAAAUAGUUAAAAUAAAGAAAAACCCUUGAAUGAGUAGGUGUGUCCAAACUUUUGACUGGUACUGUAUUUGUUGUAAUUUAUUUCCCUGAUCCUCCUUUGGGCCUUGAAAUGCUCAAUCUGACCGUGCGGCCGUUAGGAAACAAAUUUGAAUCAUCAGUCAUUGGUCUAUUAUAAUCAGAUCACAUUGUGAUGUCAUGAUGUGGGACAAAAGUUCCAUCCCACCUGAACAGGCUGAAAUUGCAGGCUUUUUCCCCAAAACAAUUCUUACACAAAAAGGGCAUUAUCAUAAUGUUAUUAUUUUGACCUCGUGGUGUGGAAAUAUAAUUAAAAAACAAACAGGAAAUAGCAUUUAACUGCACUGCCCCAUUAAGAUAUUUUCACAUUUCUCUCCCUCGUGAGGGAGGAGAAUGAAAGUUCAUAGAAGUAACAAGUAAAGGUAGACCUACCAAUUAUUUAGUGUUUUUACUGAUAUCAAUUUGGUUUAUGAUUUAUUAUUGAUUAAAACCAAAUUGGUAACAGAAUGAAGAAAUCAUGAGUAAUACAAUGACUGCAUCUGAAUUGGCUACAAUGGGAAUCCAUAGUAGUCACAAACCACAUUUGGGUCACCUGCUACUGUCCUGCCUUCCACUGGCAUACUGUUAUGUUCAGCUAAAAAUUGUUUUAUUUUUCUUUCUGUUGCGUGGUGGUCAAAGCAAGAGUGUGAAAACAGCCUGGACAACCCGUCCCCCUCUCUCUCUCUCUUUGUCGCUCUCUCUCUCCAGUUAAUGUCACCUCUCCCGGCUCUUACUGACGCCUACCCAUGAGCUCCCUCGCUUUCCAUUGACUGUAAUCAGCCCUCUCCCCCACUGUGCACCGGACGUCCAUGGACGUUGAAAAGUAGUUGGCAUUUGGUCAGUCCAAAUCAUAGACGUCUGUUUCACAAGUUUGGACAGCACAGUAAAUUUAAAGUGGAGUAGAGUAUAGGUCAGUAAAAUACAGUACUGUACUGGACAGUAGAGUAAAGUACAGUAUAAUUUACUGUGCUGUACUGAACUCUACUGUGCUUUAAUGUGAUGUCCAAACUUGUGAAACAAAGGUGUCUAUGAUUGGUACAGAGUUUUUCCGGACCAACCAAAUUUGGUCUUGUUUGGGGGCCAAGCUCAUUAGAAUAAUAGCCAAUGUGUAGAAUAAUACCCUAACAUGCAAAGGAGGAUAUUACAUUUGUCUACCUCUGUUGCCCUAUUCAGGAUACAUCACAAUGAAGAGAAUGAUAUUCAAAUGUAUGCAUUUUUGUAUAGUACAGAUCAGGGACCCAUGAUGUCAUUCUGUUACCAGUUGUUAAUCCACUUCACUUACUGUAGUUCAGUAACCUAAAUAGAUUUGUUCAAACUCAAGGUGUCUUAUCAUAGCUGACACCCCACUCUUUCUGCAGACAUAAUUGAAUCUUAAUUUGUAGUAGAUAUUUACGAGCUUUUGGAGAAUGUGGUCACAUAAAAAAACGGAGGGAGAUUUUUACCGUCAUUCUGUUACCAAACUUUACAUCUGCACUGUUCUUUGAGUAAAUGUAUUUUUGUAAAAUUGUAUGUGGAAAUUGUUAAAAGUAGUCCUUGUGCAUAGAGUUGUAUGGUUUGUUUUUUCAAUAGUUUUUUGGGGCAUACAUUUUAAAGUGAAAAAUCGGAGUCUCAGCGUCAUUCUGUUACUGUGGAAUUGCCCAUACAGUUGAAGUCUGAAGUUUAUAUACACCUUAGCCAAAUACAUUUCAACUCAGUUUUUCACAAUUCCUGACAUUUAAUCCUAGUAAAAAUUCCCUCUUUUAGGUCAGUUAGGAGCACAAAUGUAUUUUAAAAAUGUGAAAUGUCAGAAUAAUAGUAGAGAGAAUUAUUUAUUUCAGCUUUUAUUUCUUUCAUCACAUUCCCAGUGGGUCAGAAGUUUACAUACACUAAAUUAGUAUUUGGUAGCAUUGCCUUUAAAUUGUUUAACUUGGGUCAAACUUUUCGGGUAGCCUUCCACAAGCUUCCCACAAUAAGUUGGGUGACUUUUGGCCCAUUCCUCCUGACAGAGCUGGUGUAGCUGUGUCAGGUUUGUAGGCCUACUUGCUCGCACACGCUUUUUCAGUUAUGCCCACAAAUGUUCUAUAGGAUUGAGGUCAGGGAUUUGUGAUGGCCACUCCAAUACCUUGACUUUGUUGUCCUUAAGCCAUUUUGCCACAACUUUGGAAGUAUGCUUGGGGUCAUUGUCCAUUUGGAAGACCCAUUUGCGACCAAGCUUUAACUUCCUGACUGAUGUCUUGAGAUGUUGCUUCAAUAUAUCCACAUAAUUUUCCUUCCUCAUGAUGCCAUUUAUUUUGAAGUGCACCAGUCCCUCCUGCAGCAAAGCACCCCCACAGCAUGAUGCUGCCACCCCCAUGCUUCACGGUUGGGAUGGUGUUCUUCGGCUUGCAAGCCACCCCCUUUUUCCUCCAAACAUAACGAUGGUCAUUAUGGCCAAACAGUUCUAUUUUUGUUUCAUCAGACCAGAGGACAUCUCUCCAAAAAGUAAGAUAUUUGUCCCCAUGUGCAGUUGCAGACCGUAGUCUGGCUUUUUUAUGGUGGUUUUGGAGCAGUGGCUUCUUCCUUUGCUGUUGUUCUGGUAUUGAUUUGCACUUUUCGCAUCAAAGUACGUUAAUCUCUUGGAGACAGAACGCGUCUCCUUCCUGAGAGGUAUGACGGCUACGUGAUCCCAUGGUGUUUAUACUUGCGUACUAUUGUUUGUACAGAUGAACGUGGUACCUUCAGGCGUUUGGAAAUUGCUCCCAAGGAUGAACCAGACUUGUGGAGGUCUACAAUUCUUUUUCUGUGGUCUUGACUGAUUUCUUUUGAUUUUCCCAUGAUAUCAAGCAAAGAGGCACUGAGUUUGAAGGUAGGCCUUGAAAUACAUCCACAGGUACACCUCCAAUUUACUCAGAUUAUGUCAAUUAGCCUAUCAGAAGCUUCUAAAGCCAUGACAUCAUUUUCUGGAAUUUUCCAAGCUGUUUAAAGGCACAGUCAAAUUAGUGUAUGUAAACUUCCGACCCACUGGAAUUGUGAUACAGUGAAUUAUAUGUGAAAUAAUCUGACUUUAAACAAUUGUUGGAAAAAUUACUUGUCAUGCACAAAGUAAAUGUCCUAACCGACUUGCCAAAACUAUAGUUUGUUAAUGAUACAUUUGUGGAGUGGUUUGAAAAACGAGUUUUAAUGACUCCAACCUAAGUGUAUGUAAACUUCUGACUUCUUCAACUGUAUAAGCAAGGUUAACACACACCACUUGUAUGCGUAUACAGGUAUUUGCAAAGCUACCGGUAAUUUACCAAAGUUUUACGAAUCUUUGGUAAUUAACAGGUAAUCUAUGGCAAUCCUAUGGUAACUUUGAUAAUAAACUCAGCAAAAAAAGAAACGUCCAUUUUUCAGGACCCCGUCUUUCAAAGAUAAUAAAAAAAAGAUUUAAAAAAAAAAAAAUAGAAAAAAAAUUUGUAAAGUGGUUAUCCCACUGGCUAUAGGGUGAAUGCACCAACUUGUAAGUCGCUCUGGAUAAGAGCGUCUGCUAAAUGACGUAAAUGUAAAUGUAAUGUAAAAAUCCAAAUAACUUCACAGAUCUUCAUUGUAAAGGGUGUAAACACUGUUUCCCAUGCUUGUUCAAUGAACCAUAAACAAUUAAUGAACAUGCACCUGUGGAACGGUCGUUAAGACACUAACUGCUUACAGGCAGUAGGCAAGUAAGGUCACAGUUAUGAAAACUUAGGACACUAAAGAGGCCUUUCUACUGACUCUGAAAAACACCAAAAUAAAGAUGCCCAGGGUCCCUGCUCAUCUGCGUCAACGUGCCUUAGGCAUGCUGCAAGGAGGCAUGAGGACUGCAGAUGUGGCCAGGGCAAUAAAUUGCAAUGUCCGUACUGUGAGACGCCUAAGACAGUGCUACAGGGAGACAGGACGGACAGCUGAUCGUCCUCGCAGUGGCAGACCACGUGUAACAACACCUGCACAGGAUCGGUACAUCCGAACAUCAAACCUGCGGGACAGGUACAGGAUGGCAACAACAACUGCCCGAUUUACACCAGGAACGCACAAUUCCUCCAUCAGUGCUCAGACUGUCCGCAAUGGGCUGAGAGAGGCUGGACUGAGGGCUUGUAGGCCUGUUGUAAGGCAGGUCCGCACCAGACAUCACCGGCAACAACGUCGCCUAUGGGCACAAACCCACCGUCGCUGGACCAGACAGGACUGGCAAAAAGUGCUCUUCACUGACGAGUCGUGGUUUUGUCUCACCAGGGUUGAUGGUCGGAUUUGCGUUACACCAAGGCCAAUUUGAUCAAUUUGUCAAAAUAACUGGUUAUGUGAUUGUUAACCACUCUGCUUCCCCUGUGUCCCUGCAGCAAAGAAGACAGGCAAGGUGAUCAUAAUCGGAGGGGGUGUGUCUGGGCUUGCGGCCGCGCGGCAGCUGCAGAGCUUCGGCAUGGAUGUGACCGUACUGGAGGCCAGGGUGGGUCAAUAGCACAUCACACAUCAAUACGUCCCCCCCCCAAAAAGAGGGUCAUGUUCAUUGGGGCACACCGUAGCAAAACAUUUUGCAAUGGAAAACAAACCUAUUUUUCUUAUUGGACAAGCUCAGAAAGGGCAUCUGUUUUCUUCCAUUUUGUGCCAAUUUAACACAACCUACAUCUACCCUUCAGCUAAUACAGUGAUACUGACCAGUAAUGCAACAUGUUCUGCCUUGUGGAACAGCUGAUGGUUAGGGUUUUCCUCUUCACUGUGGUCAUUUGGUUAUUGUCUCCUCUCAGGACCGUGUUGGGGGGAGAGUGGCCACGUUCCGGAAGGGCAACUAUGUGGCUGAUCUGGGGGCCAUGGUGGUGACAGGACUGGGUAAGGCAUUCAAACAUUCAUAGACACACACAAUUACACACACGUACAGCCAGUGCAGGUGGUAAUUAACAUUACACGGAAGUGAAAAUAAAUUCCUGUGCCGUCAAUUUUUUCUCCGAAGCCCGCAACAGUUCUAUAACCCUGAUAACUUUCCUCUCCUGUCCCAAUAAAAAUCACUUCCAUCCCAUGCUCAUUUUAACACGCCGAAAUCAGAAAUAACUUCCUCCGUUAGCUGCUCAUCUAUGUCCCCCGCGCCUUCCCUACGCUGCAUCUGCUCCGUUUUCUCUCUGUGUGUGAGUCUGCUCCGUAUGCUCUGUGUGUGUCUGCUCCGUUUGCUGUCUGUGUGUGAGUCUGCUCCGUUUGCUCUCUGCGUGUGAGUGUCCAUAUCAACGGCUCCACUUGGCUGUUCACGAGACAAGAGAGAGCUAGCUAUUUUCUGUUGCCUGCUCAGCUGAAGGGCCUAUUAUAUAUAUUUUUUUAUAGUGAUUGAAAACUGAAGAACUUGUUCCUGUUGGAGGGGCAGGGGGGUACAAUCAUGUCCUUCUAAAACUGCUUAUAACACAAAAAUAACUAAGUUUAAAAUUAUUCCUGUACUGCCAGUUCCUGUGGUCUGUUGAUCCUCUCCCGAACUUGACUCUAGAAUUUCACUCCAGUUCUUGUAUGAAUCCCGCUGGACCCACAAGACCCACGGGAGUCCUGUUCCCAUGUCAACCUCUAAUGUACAUGAUUGAAAGACACUUUGAGCAGUAAUUUCAAAUGGGCCUCAAACUCCUCUCACCUAGUAUCAAGGAACAAUUCACUGUGAAAGAAAUCCCAAUUGACUUUAUACCUCUACUGUGAAUUGGUCAGUGUUUCUGCUAUGACAGCUUCUCACCAGCAGAGGGUGGUGUUGACCAUGUAAAUUCCAGUCUGGGCCGUAUGAAACCAAGUUUCUCAGAGUAGGAGUGCUGAUCUAGGAUCUGUCCAUAUACAUUUCUUCAUUAUGACCUAAAAGGCUAAACUGAUCCUAGAUCAGCACUCCUACAAAGACACUGUGGAUACGGGCCCUGAUCAAUGUAGUCUGAAGAAAUCAGACUGGACAGGCAAAACGGUUUAUCACUUUUUGUCUUUGUUUCAUGAAAGACUGUAAAAACGACACUUGAAUAUGGAAACCGUGAGACUCCACAAAUGUGUUUCAAAUGAUACCAAGUUUGGUCAUAUUCUGCUUGUAUCACAUUCAAUAUAUGUGCCCCAAAAAAAAUUACAUCAUCUAUCCAUCAUCAAGUUAACAGCCAGGCAGUUAAACAAUGACAUUAGUUGUAACAUUGUUAUCUAAUAUAGGCUUUGUGAUGUUGUAGGCAUAGAACUGGCUGUAGGCCUAUAUCCUGAUGUUCCAUCUGGUGUGUUCUAGGAGGAAAUCCCAUGGCGGUGGUCAGCAAGCAGGUCAACAUGGAGCUCGCCAAGAUCAAACAGAAGUGCCCUCUGUAUGAAGCCAACGGUCAAGCUGUGAGUGUUGCAUCACUAGCUAGCUAUUUGGGUCACUUAGUUUAGGCCACACGCUCCAUAUAAGCCAAUGCACUGCAGUAGAGUGAAAUGCUUGUAGAACAUUAUAACAAAAUGAAUUGUCGUAUUACAUUGGCGUUUUGGUGUCUCGUGCGAGCAUGUUCGACUUUGAAGUGUCUGCUAACCAGAAACGUAACCUACUACCAUUGUAGCGUACUACUGUAUACAGAAAUAUUUUAUUCCUGUUCCCCCAAUGUUAACUCUCUUCAUUUGUUAUUUACCUCUUGUGCUGAAGAUGUUUAGAUUUCAUCCAGCACACCACUAUGUGCUGUGUUAGCAGGGCCCUUCACUUUGUUCGCAGAGCUGCUUGUUUCCGCGGAACGCAAGCAAAACGCAGGGUGGAUUCAGUUAACCACUUUGCAGGGUGGAUUCAGUUAGCCGCUUAACCUAGCGUGUCAUCAACAGCAGCUCUGCCCUCUCUGGGUUGAGACCUUCCUAAUGUAAUACCGUUAGACUGGAAAUAAACAGCAGUGUUCUCUUCAAACUAUUAUUUUCUCCCUCUCUGUCAAGCAGCGGUAGGAUGUUUGGGGUUAUUUUCAGGCCAGGGUCGUAUUCAUUAGGGCAAAACAUUGCAAAAUGUUUAUCAACGGAAAACGAAAAUGAGCACUGAUUUCCUUUUCUGCAGGGGAAGCUAAUUAAGUGUCCUUUUUCAAGUGUGUUUAAACCUGGUUAACAUUAAAGGAAAGAGUCACACAUUUUGAAUCAUAUGACACAAAACUCAUCAUACCGGCUGUAUUUCUGUCUGCUAGAACGGUGAAUAGCUCAGAAAUAGACGAAAACAUGAAAUGACCCCGGGAAUCGAGAGAACAACAUUGCUCAGAGAUGCACAAAUGCAAUAUAACAUAAAACAUGGGUGAAUCUUUCCUUUAAGUUUGUUUAUCUAAUUUGUUCAUGCUCUCCCCUCUUGACCCCUCCCGUGUAUCAUCUGGUGGACUUCUAAAGGGUGAACGAUGCACAAGCGUAUGUAUUGUUUUCUGAUUGUUUUACCACAUGAUAACAUUGUUCACCUAUUGUUAAUAAUUAAUGUUGAAUGCGCUGUCAGUACACAUUGAACCGUAAUAGAACUGGGUCUGUCCUUGAGUGUCUUGAAAGGCGCCUGUCUGUCUAAGGGUUAAUUGGCUGUAGAAGGCUUGUAGUCAGCAAUAGUUUUCUUUUUCACUUUUUUUCAAGAGGUAUACUUCUCUUGAUCAAUUUCUAAUGGUAGAGGAAGCGAUUCCUUUCUAAAUUGGAUUGCUCUUCCUUAUGACUGCAUGUUCAUGAAUCACAUAAAAUGCUAUAAUCAAAUUGUUCAUUAUUAAUAUGAAAUGCUAUAAUCCUAAUGUUCGUUGUUGAUCUAAUCAUCAGGUGCCCAAGGAGAAGGAUGAGAUGGUGGAGCAGGAGUUUAACCGUCUGCUGGAGGCGACCUCUUACCUCAGCCACCAGCUGGACUUUAACUUCCUCAACAACAAGCCUGUGUCCCUGGGACAGGCCCUGGAGGUGGUCAUUCAGUAAGUGUUUGGCCCUUUGGCCAGGCAUAUGCAGGGCUUGGCAACUUGCACAAAUUCUGUGACGAUGGUUGUAUUUAGUUUUUCAUAACAAAAAUCAUCCCUCUUUCUCAACGGCACAUAUACAUUCUUAGGUGUUCUUUUGACUGAUAACUUCCAAUAGGUUGCAGGAGAAACAUGUGAAAGAUGAGCAGAUAGAGCACUGGAAGAAGAUAGUUAAGACCCAAGAGGAUCUCAAGGAGCUGUUGAACAAGGUGACCAUGAGUUCCACUGUAUCUGAGGUCAAAAGAACAACAAAAGUCGCUUUUGUGUAUAUGCUUGUACUCUUUCCCUCCUUGAAUCUGUUUUCUCCUCCUAUGUCUAUCUACCUUUCUCUCUUCCCCCUCCCUCAUUCUCUCAGAUGGUGGGUACCAAGGAGAGGGUCAAGGAGCUUCAUCAGCAGCACAAGGAGGCCAGCGAGGUCAAGCCCCCCAGAGACAUCACCGCCGAGUUCCUGGUCAAGAGCAAGCACCGUGACCUCACUGCACUCUGCAAGGUGAGACCACAAGUCAACCACUCAUGCUCUGUCAAAAAUACAACAGAUUUUAUAGGGCCCUACUUGUUCCAUACAAAUAGCUUCAAGCUGCAAGCAGUUAAUGGCACAUUACUUUGAUUACUUUCCCUUUUGCUUAUUUGUUUUUCCAAAACAAACUUAAUUCCUGUGCGGUGUGGUACUUCCUCCAGACUCACACACAACGUGGAUAAGCCAUACAUUUAACAGCUGAAGUCAUUAGCUGGACCAUCACCUAUUUCUAGCCUCCAGACACAAUUUGAUUCAAUUAAAGGUGUUCUCAACUUAUGUGUUUUCAAUCGCACCAGUUUUGAACCAUUUUCGGGUGAUUAUCAGAGUAUGUUUUCCAGGGCCUAAAAUUAACACCCGCCACUUGCCAAAUGCGGGUAGAUUUUGGCAUUGGCGGGUGGUCAGGGCUCCACAGUGCGAGCAUUUCACUUGCAUUUGUGAAUAAAAGUAGUCAAGUAUGAUCACAUUUAUAGUGAAUUAAAUAGUAGCUGUUUUCAAAGUAUUUAUGCCAUUUUGUUUCAUAGCUGGUAAAUUAAUUUCAUAAAGUCAAAGAACUACAAAUCCUAUAUAGCCUAUUCCACCUCGCACUGCAACACUGCUUGGCUUGGGGCUGUGCGCACGUGAAGAGCUGGGUGAAACAUUCAUUUUUAGAAGCGCUGCGCACAGGCAUAAAUGUUUGAAUAAUUUACUUGAAACUAUAUUCUACUGAAGUGAGACUUUGUCCUUGUGUUUCUUGGCUAUUUACAUUGUUUUGCUCACAAGCUAGGUUGUUUUUCUAUGUUUGAAAGAAGAGAAGAUGAAGCUUCUACUAGUCAGACUCACAGGCACAUACAUGACUCCAGUCGCAUUACCACGGUAACCUCCCGCCCUUAAAGGUGCAGCUGAACAUUUUUGUCUCGUCUGUGAUAUUUUGGUUAAAAGAUGAAAGUGAAAAAGUUAAUUUUUUACCCUGAUAUUUUCUGUUGACUGGGACUCCCAAUAGCAGCUUGACUACCAGAAUGGCCUGCAGCUACAGUAUGGGCCUAGUCUGUGGACCGCUGUUGAUGUCAUUUCAAUCAACUCAUGAGAGAAAUGUGUUACUCAACUUUCCAAUAUAAUUGUGGUUGUUUAUAUAGAAAGUAUUUCCUCCAUUCAAGUCUUUCCUUCAUUUAGGUAAACUAAUUUAUUAGGGGGAAAUAUAGAGCUUAAUGACUAUAGCCGACUUGCUGCGACACUAUGAGCUUAGAGGAAACCAUGUUAGCGUAGUAAAUGGAUGGAUUGGAUUUGGGCCAUUAAAGGGAUACUUCGGGAUUUUGGCAAUGAGACCCUUUGUCUAUUUCCCCAGAGUCAGAUGAACUCAUGGAUACGAUUUUUAUCUCUCUUUUUGCAGUUUGAAAGAAGUUGCUAACUAGUGCUAGCGCAAUUGCUAACUAGUGGUCUACUAGCAUGCUAGUAAAUACCCAUAGACUUCCAGGCAUUGCGAUAACGCUAGUUAGCUUUGGCUUACAAACUACAUCUAACUUCCUUCGUACUGGACACAGAGACAUAAAAAUGGUAUCCACGAGUUCAUCUGACUCUGGGGAAGUAGAUUGCCAAAAUCCCGAAGUGUCCCUUUAAGCAAAGGAGACAAAAGUGUACUUGAGACCAUAGGGGCACAUCCUAACUUUCACUUAAGUCUAAUUUUCACGUAGUUUCCCAUUGAUGUAAAUGCACGACUAAGUGAAAAUUCGACAUAAGAAGAAGUAAGGAUUUGCCCCAUAGAGACAAUUUCUUUAUUAGCUCUAUGUAAACAAGACGGUUUCAGUAGCAUGUGUUUGAGUGGUCUAAUACUUUGCCUGUGUGUAUCACUAAAGGCAGUACAGCCUCAUUUCAGCGCAGAUAAAGCUCCACCUCAGAAGUGUAUUUUCGGGAAGCAAGUUUAAACACAGCUGCUGUCUGAACUCGAGUCGUCUUUCGGUUGACUGCCUCCUGAAAAGCCACUUCUAAGGCUUGACUCAGCCUGGUCUGUCUGGCUGGAAACGGUGUGCACACACACUGAGAGCGUGUGUUGUACACGUACAGGCUAGAACAGGGUCGGGGAAGCCUUGGGAAGGGGGGUGUGGGGUUUUAAUUUUACUUGGACAUAUUUAUUAGGCCGUGUCAAUCAACUGGUGGCUGCACGGGUAGGCGAUGAAACUGUGGGAAAGCUGGACAGGGUGACUCAGCCCAUUAAAGUCACUGGGCUGAUGUCCUUCUUACUUUACUUGAAACCUUCUUGUGUGCACAAAUAGAUGUACUCCAGUGUUUCCCCGUCUAUUGCUCAGGUUGGCCCCCAUGCCUGAAACCGGUUGACUUCAAAUGGUUUCCUGUAUGCUCCAUUGGCGGCCUUUGCGUCUUGCCAAGAAAAAUAAAUGCUCUUUCUCUCACGCAUGGUGGUUCUCUGUAUGUCUCACAGUGUAUUUAAAACCUUUUUUAUUUACUUUUAGCCCUUUUUCUCCCCAAUUUUGUGAAAUCCAAUUGGUAGUUAGUCUUGUCCCAUCGCUGCAACUCCCGUACGGACUCGGGAGAGGAAGGUCGAGAGCCAUGCGUCCUCCGAAACACUGUUUCUUGACACACUGCUCGCUUAACCCAGAAGCCAGCCGCACCAAUGUGUCGGAGGAAACACUGUACAACUGGCGACCGAAGUCAGCUUGCAAGCGCCCGGUCCGCCACAAGGAGUGGGACAAGGACAUCCCGGCCAGCCAAACCCUCCUCUAACCUGGACGACGCUGGGCCAAUUGUGCACCGCCUCAUGGGUCUCCCGGUCACGGCCGGCUGUGACACAGCCUGGGAUCGAACCCGGGUCUGUAGUGACGCCUCAAGCACUGCGCCACUCGGGAUGCCCCAUGUCUCACAGUGUUACACCCCUUUCUGUCCCCUCUCCUGUAGGAGUAUGAUGAGCUGGUGGAGUCGCAGGUCAAACUAGAGGAGAAGCUACAGGAACUGGAGGCCAACCCUCCCAGGUAACACUUGAAAACCUUCGCCCCACUGUAAAGGGCUGCUGUUGUCCUAUUCUUUAAGCAUGUGGGUGUGUUCUAGCCUGGGUGUUGUCAUGCCAAUGUUUAGCUUGACAACGGAGUAGGCAAAAUACAAACCGAUCUGUGACCAGGCUAGAUAUGCUCGCAUCCAUCCAUACUUUUUUCCACCCUCUGACGAUCUCUCCACAGUGACGUGUACCUGUCGUCCCGGGACAGGCAGAUCCUUGACUGGCACUUUGCCAACUUGGAAUUUGCGAACGCCACGCCCCUCUCUACUCUCUCGCUCAAGCACUGGGACCAGGUACGCUCAUACUCACUCAUUACUCACUUAGGUCCAGUAUGUAGCUUUGUAGUUGACCUGACCAAAUUCACAUAGAAUGUGAGUUAUAGAUCUGUCAUCCUCAAUGAAAACCAGUCUGAUAAGCAGUAGAUCCAUUCUAUGUGCAAUAUUGCCAUGCUUCUCGUCCUUAAGUUUCGCUUUUGCAUCUUACGUUCGGUUUUGUACACCAGCUUCAAACAGCUAAAAAUAUUAUAUUUUUGGUUAUUGAAAAGAUACAGUGCAUUCGGAAAGUAUUUGGACCCCUUGACUUUUUCCACAUUUUGUUACGUUACAGCCUUAUUCUAAAAUAGAUUAAAACAUUUUUUUUUAAAUCCCUUCAUCAAUCUACACAGAAUACACCAUAAUGACAAAGCAAAAACAGUUGAACAUUUUGCUAUUUUAUAUAUAUUUUUAAACUGAAAUAUCACAUUUACAUAAGUAUUCAGACCCUUUACUCAGUACUUUGUUGAAUAACGUUUGGCAGCAAUUACAGCCUUGAGUCUUCUUGGGUAUGACGCUAUAAGCUUGGCACACCUGUAUUUGGGGAGUUUCUCCAAUUCUUCUCUGCAGAUCCUCUCAAGCUCUGUCAGGUUGGAUGGGGAGCGUUGCUGCACAGCUAUUUUCAGGUCUCUCCAGAGGUGUUUGAUCGGGUUCAAGUCCGGACUCUGGCUGGGCCACUCAAGGACAUUCAGAGACUUGUCCCGAAGCCACUCCUGCAUUGUCUUGGCUGUGUGCUUAGGAUCGUUGUCCUGUUGGAAGGUGAACCGUCGCCCCCAGUCAGAGUUCCUGAGCACUCUGGAGCAGGUUUUCAUCAAGGAUCUCUCUGUUAUUUGCUCCGUUCAUCUUUCCCUCAAUCCUGACUAGUCUCCCAGUCCCUGCCACUGAAAAACAUCCCCACAGCAUGAUGCUGCCACCACCAUGCUUCACCGUAGGGAUGGUGUCAGGUUUUCUCCAGAUGUGAGGCUUGGCAUUCAGGCCAAAGACUUCAGUCUUGGUUUCAUCAGACCAGAAAAUCUUGUUUCUCAUGGUCUGAGAGUCCUUUAGGUGCCUUUUGGCAAACUCCAAGUGGGCUGUCAUGUGCCUUUUACUGAGGAGUGGCUUCCGUCUGGCCGCUCUACCAAAAAGGCCUGAUUGGUGGAGUGCUGCAGAGAUGGUUGUCCUUCUGGAAGGUUCUCCCAUCUCCACAGAGGAACUCUGGAGCUCUGUCAGUGACCAUCGGGUUCUUGGUCACCUCCCUGACCACAAGUCCCUUCUCCCCCGAUUGCUCAGUUUGGCUGGGCGGCCAGCUCUAGGAAGAGUCUUGGUGGUUCCAAACUUCUUCCAUUUAAGAAUGAUGGAGGCCACUGGGUUCUUGGGGACCUUCAAUACUGCAGAAAAUUUUUGGUACCCUUCCCCAGAUCUGUGCCUCGACAUAAUCCUGUCUCGGAGCUCUACGGACAAUUCCUUUCGACCUCAUGGCUUGGUUUUUGCUCAGACAUGCACUGUCAACUGUGGGACCUUAUAUAGACAGAUGUUUGCCUUUGCAAAUCAUGUCCAAUCAAUUGAAUUUACCACAGGUGGACUCCAAUCAAGUUGUAGAUCAAUGGAAAGAAUGCACCUGAGCUCAAUUUCGAGUCUCGUAGCAAAGGUCUGAAUACUUAUGUAAAUAAGGUAUCUGUUUUUAUUUUAAAUAAAUUAGCAAAAAUGUCAAAACUGUUUUCGCUUUGUUAUUAUGGGGUAUUGUGUAUAGAUUGAUGAGAAAAAUAAUAUUUAAUCAAUUUUAGAAUAUGGGUGUUACGUCACAAAAUGUGAAAAAGGGAACCUGUCUGAAUACUUUCCGAAUGCACUGUAUUUCACAACGGUUUAGAUUGUACAAUGACUCUCCACACUAUACAGUGCUGGUUUUGUCACAUAAACUGAAAUUAGGCAAACAUGAUAGAAUUUUAGCAAACAGAUAAUGGUAGAUCGAUUUGUAUAUAUUGCUGACGUUCAUGGAAUUUUGGAUGACGGUUAUUUUGUCAGGCAAAUGACCACGAUUACCAUAAUAACCAUUUGAAUAGCAAAAAAAAAAGAUCAACAUUUUCUCCUCUCCUCCUGACUGCAUGUGCAGAAACAUGAUGUUUACUGUUUAGCCAAGCUGACAGCUAGCAGAGGGAAUAGCUAGCUGGAGUGACAUUUCUCUAUCAAGUCACAGUGUGCCCUGUUUUUGGAAAGCCAUUGGGUGCAUGUAAUUCAUGAUACUCGUUUGCUACAACACAUUGCUGAAUCAAGGGGCAGCAAAGUUUCAUCACGUUGUGAGGAGUCCAGGUUACCGCUGAAACGGACUCAACUGCACUUGUGUUUUUGAAUGCCUGGCUGUCUUCAGUAAGCUGAAAAAUUCAAAACACAAAAUUCUAAAACUGGCUUUUGUCUCCUCUCGUUUCUCCUGAUAUCGGUUGUUAGAUUUGAACCAGGCUUACUUUUACUUUACUGCUUUUCAAAUCAUAUCAAAUUGCAUUUGUCACAGGCUUAGACCUUACCGUGAAAUGCUUACUUACAAGCCCUUAACCAACAAUGCAGUUCAAGAAAUGGAGUUAAGAAAAUAUUUAUUAAAUAAACUAAAGUAAAACAUUUAAGUAACACAAUAAAAUAACAAUACUGAGGCUAUAUGUAGGGGGUACCGGUACCGAGUCAAUGUGCGGGGGUACAGGUUAGUCAAGGUAAUUUGUACAUGUAGGUAGGGGCAAAGUGACUAUGCAUAGAUAAUAAACAGCGAGUAGCAGCAGUGUAAAAACAAGGGGGGGGGGGGUGUCAAUGUAAAUAGUCCGGGUGGCCAUUUGAUUAAUUGUUCAGCAGUCUUAUGGCUUGGGGGUAGAAGCUGUUAAGGAGCCUUUUGGACCUAGACUUGGUGUUCCGGUAUCGCUUGCUGUGCGGUAUCAGAGAGAACAGUCUAUGACUUGGGUGACUGGAGUCUUUGACAAUUUUUCUGGCCUUCCUCUGACACCGCCUAGUAUAUAGGUCCUGGAUGGCCGGAAGCUUGGCCCCAGUGAUGUACUGGGCCGUACGCACCACCCUCUGUAGCGCCUUACGGUCGGAUGCCGAGCAGUUACCAUGCCAGGCGGUGAUGCAACCGUUCAGGAUGCUCUCGAUGAUGUAGAACUUUUUGAGGAUCCGGGGACCCAUGCCAAAAAAAUUCAGUCUCCUGAGGGGGAAAAGGUGUUGUCGUGCCCUCUUCACAACUGUCUUGGUGGGUUUGGACCAUGAUAGUUUUGUUGGUGAUGUGGACGCCAAGGAACUUGAAAGUCGACCCGCUCCACUGCAGCCCCAUCGAUGUUAAUGGGGGCGUGAUCGGCCCUCCUUUUCCUGUAGUCCACAAUCGGCUCCUUUGUCUUGCUCACAUUGAGGGAGAGGUUGUUGUCCUGGCACCACAGUGCCAGGUCUCUGACCACCUCCCUAUAGGCUGUCUCAUUGUUAUCGGUGAUCAGGCUGUUGUGUCAUCAGCAAUCUUAAUGAUGGUGUUUGAGUCGUGCUUGGCCACGCAGUCAUGGGUGAACAGGGAGUACAGGAGGGGACUAAGCACACACCCCUGAGGGGCCCCCGUGUUCAGGAUCAGCUUGGCAGAUGUGUUGUUACCUACCCUUACCACCUGGGGGCGGCCCAUCAGACAGACCAGGAUCCAGUUGCAGAAGGAGAUGUUUAGUCCCAGGGUCCUUAGCUUAGUGAUGAGUUUUGUGGGCACUAUGGUGUUGAACGCUGAGCUCUAGUCAAUGAACAGCAUUCUCAAAUGGGUGUUCCUUUUGUCCAGGUGGGAAAGGGCAGUGUGGAGUGCGAUUGAGAUUGCGUCAUCUGUGGAUCUGUUGGAGCGGUAUGCGAAUUGGAGUGGGUCUAGGGUUUCCGGGAUGAUGGUGUUGAUGUGAGCCAUGACCAGCCUUUCAAAGCACUUUAUGGCUACUGACGUGAACGCUACGGGGCGGUAGUCAUUUAGGCAGGUUACCUUCACUUUCUUGGGCACUGGGACUAUGGUGGUCUGCUUGAAACAUGAAGGUAUUACAGUCUCGGUCAGGGAGAGCUUGAAAAUGUUAGUGAAGAAACUUGCCAGUUGGUCCGCGCAUGCUCUGAGUACACGUCCUGGUAAUUCUUCUGGCCCUGUGGCCCUGUGAAUGUUGACCUGUUUAAAGGUCUUGCUCACAUCGGCUACGUAGAGCGUGCAUUAAAGUUUGCCUGCAUUAAAGUCCCAUGUCACUAGGAGUGCCGCUUCUGGAUGAGCAUUUUCUUGUUUGCUUUUGGCCUUAUACAGAUCGUUGAGUGCGGUCUGAAUGCCAGCAUCGGUUUGUGGUGGUAAAUAGACAGCUACGAAUAAUAUAGAUGAAAACUCUCUUGGUAGAUAGUGUGGUCUACAGCUUAUCAUGAGAUACUCUACCUCAGGUGAGUAAAACCUUGAGACUUCUUUAAUAUUAGACAUCGCGCACCAGCUGUUAUUGACAAAAUACACACACACACCCCUUCCCCUCGUCUUACCAGACAUAGCUGCUCUGUCCUGCCAAUGCACGGAAAACCUAGCCAGCUCUAUAUUAUCCGUGUCGUCGUUCAGCCACGACUCAGUGAAACAUAAGAUAUUACAGUUUUUAAUGUCCUGUUGGUAGGAUAGUCUUGAUCGUAGAUCAUCCAGUUUAUUUUCCAGAUAUUGCACGUUGGCCAAUAGAACGGAUGGUAGAGGCGGUUUACCCACUCGCCGACGAAUUCUCACAAGGCCCGCCGACCUCCGCCCCCUGUAUUUCCAUAUUUUCUUCACACGAAUGACAGGGAUUUGGGCCUGGUAUCGAGGAAACCGUAGAUCCUAAGCGUCAGACUCAUUAAAGAAAAAAAUCUUCGUCCAGUUCGAGGUGAGUAAUCGCUGUUCUGAUGUCCAGAUGCUCUUUUCGGUCGGAAGAGACGGUAGCAGCAACAUUAUGUACAAAACAAGUCACAAACAAUGCGAAGAAACAAACAAAAUAGCACAGUUCGUUAGGAGCCCGUAAAAUUGCAGCCAUCCCCUCUGGUGCCUUUAUUUUGAGUAAAGUUUGUUGCCUUGAAAAUGAAGUUGAUGAAAAUAAAUUAUUUCUAUUUUUUAUAUAAAAACGGUUAUUACCGCUAUUUUAUUUUCAUGAUGGUCUUCAUCCAUAAUCGUCGGUUACACAAUUAUACAAUUACAGUUCCAGCCCUAUAUAUUGCGCCUUUAAGAUUUCUUCCUGCAGUACAUGGGGACUUUCCCUUCCCAAACCAAUCCAUCUUGUCCUGGCUAUUCUCUCUCCUAGUAUGCACAUCCACACCAGAUCCGAUUUCAACCACAUACUAUACACUGCUAUUAGACACCAGAUCUAGUUGAAUUCAUGCCUUUCAAACCACCAGGCUAUAGUCCCCGUAAACUGCAAGUACCAUCUAUUAUGAAUCCUGUUCUAAUGUGUUGAUUUGUUGUUUUCUCUCUCUCUCUAAGCCCUUGUAAACCAAUCAAUCAAAUGGAUUUUUAUCAACCCCUUUUUACAUCAGCAGUUGUCACAAAGAAAGUGCUUUACAGAUACCUAGCCUAAAACCCUCAGAGGGAAAAAGAAUGCGGAGGCAGAAACCACAAAUAAUAACCCAGACAUAAUCCACGUUCUGAGUGUUUAAAAUGUAUUGAUUUAUCUCCCUCCUUGUCCCUGUAAACCAUAUAUAACCCACAUUUUGUGUUGUGUUUUCUCCCUCUUUCUCCUGUCCAGGACGACGACUUUGAGUUCACAGGCAGCCACCUGACAGUGAGGAACGGCUACUCCUGUGUCCCCGUGGCUCUGGCCGAGGGCCUGGACAUCAAACUGAACACAGCGGUACGACAGGUCCGAUACACCGCUUCUGGUAAGUUUACAGUGUGUGUGGGUAGCUGCAUUUAUGCUUGUUUGUAAAUCUGUGUCUUUUCUUUAUGUGUUGUCUGUCUGUGUGUGUGUGUCAGUCUGUGUAUUCCCUUGUUCAUGUGUUACCUAUUAGUGUGUGUGUGUGGUGGGAAACCUGUGUGUGCAGGGCCAAAUUAAUGCAGGGGCUUACCGGGGCUGAAGCCCCUGGGCCCAGGCCCGUGGGGAGCCCAAGAGGCAAAACAUUUUUUGAGGAAAUACAGUGCAUUUGGAAAGUGUUCAGACCCCUUCACUUUUUCCAAUUUUUUUUACUUAACAGCCUUAUUCUAAAAUUGAUUAAAUAGUUUUUUCCCCUCAUCAAUCUACACAUAAUACCCCAUAAUGACAAAGCAAAAACAGGUUUUUAGAAGUUGUUGCAAAUGUAUUACAAAUAAAAUAAAAACGGAUCACAUUUACGUAAGUAUUCAGACCCUUUACUCAGUACUUGUUGAAGUACCUUUGGCAGCGAUUACAGCUUCGAGUCAUCUUGGGUAGGACGCUACAAGGUAGCAACACCCACCCGUAGUAUGCGCUCCAGCGGGUAUAUCUCACUGGUCAUCCCCAAAGCCAACACCUCCUUUGGCCGCCAUUCCUUCCAGUUCUCUGCUGCCAAUGACUGAAACAAACUGCAAAAAUCUUUGAAGCUGGAGACUCUUAUCUCCCUCAUUAACUUUAAGCAUCAGUUGUCAGAGCACCUUUCCGAUCACUGCACCUGUACACAGCCCAUCUGAAAUUAGCCCACCCAACUACCUCAUCCCCAUAUUGUUAUUUAUUUUGCUAAUUUGCACCCCAGUAUCUCUAUUUGCACAUCAUCUCUUGCACAUCUAUCAUUCCAGUGUUAAUACUAAUUGUAAUUAUGUUGCACUAUGGCCUAUUUAUUGCCUUACCUCCAUAACUUGCUACAUUUGCACACACUGUAUAUAGAUUUUAUGUUGUAUUUUUGACUUUAUGUUUUGUUUUACCCCAUAUGUAACUCUGUGUUGUUGUUUUUAUCGCAUUGCUUUGCUUUAUCUUGGCCAGGUCGCAGUUGUAAAUGAGAACUUGUUCUCAACUGGCUUACCUUGUUAAAUAAAGUUGAAACAGAUAAAUAAAUAAAUAAAAUAAAAAGGUUGGCACACCUGUAUUUGGGGAGUUUCUCCAAUUAUUCUCUGCAGAUCCUCUCAAGCUCUGUCAGGUUGGAUGGGGAGCGUUGCUGCACAGCUAUUUUCAGGUCUCUCCAGAGAUGUUCGAUCGGGUUCAAGUCCGGGCUCUGGCUGGACCACUCAAGGACAUUCAGAGACUUGUCCCGAAUGCCACUCCUGUGUUGUCUUGGGUGUGUGCUUAGGGUUGUUGUCCUGUUAGGUGAACCUUUGCCUCAGUCUGAAAUCCUGAGCGCUCUGGAGCAGGUUUUCAUCAAGGAUCUCACAGUUCUUUGCUCCAUUCAUCUUUCCCUUUCCUGACUAGUCUCCCAGUCCCUGCUGCUGAAAAACAUCCCCACAGCAUGAUGCCGCCACCACCAUGCUUCACCGUAGGGAUGGUGCCUGGUUUCCUCCAGACGUGACGCUUGGCAUUCAGGCCAAAGGGUUCAAUCUUGGGUUCAUCAGACCAGAGAAUCUUGUUUUUCAUGGUCUGAGAGUCCUUUAGGUGCGUUUUGGCAAACUCCAAGCGGGCUGUCAUGUGCGUUUUUACUGAGCAGUGGCUUCCGUCUGGCCACUACCAUAAAGGCCUGAUUGGUGGAGUGCUGCAGAGAUGGUUGUCCUUCUGGAAGGUUCUCCCAUCUCCACAGAGAAACUCUGGAGCUCUGUCAGUGACCAUCGGGUUCUUGGCCAUCCCUGACCAAGGCCCUUCUUCCCCGAUUGCUCAGUUUGGCCAGGUGGCCAGCUCCAGGAAGAGUCUUGGUGGUUCGAAACUUAUUCCAUUUAAGAAUGAUGGAGGCCACUGUGUUCUUGGGGACCUUUAAUGCUGCAGACAUUUUUUAGUACCCUUUGUCAGAUUUGUGUCUUGGAGCUCUACGGAUAAUUCCUUCGACCUCAUGGCUUGGUUUUUGCUCUGACAUGCACUGUCAACUGUGGGACCUUUUAUAUAGACCGGUGUGGACUUCAAUCAAGUUGUAGAAACAUAUCAAGGAUUGUCAAUGGAAACAGGAUACACCUGAGCUCAAUUUCGAGUUUCAUAGCAAAGGGUCUGAACUUACAUAAAUAAGGUAUUUCUGCUUUUUAUAUAUUUUUUUACAUAUAUACACACAAAGAACAAAAAUAUAAAUACAACAUGUAAAGUGUUGGUCCCAUGUUUCAUGAGCUGAAAUAACAGAUUGCAGAAAUUUUCCAUACGCACGAAAAGCUUAUUUCUCUCAAAUCAAAUUUUUUUGGCACAAAUUUGUUUACAUCCCUGUUAGUCAGCAUUUCUCCUUUGCCAAGAUAAUCCACCCACCUGACAGGUGUGGCAUAUCAAGAAGCUGAUUAAACAGCAUGAUCAUUACACAGGUGCAUCUUGUGCUGGGGACAAUAAAAGGCCACUCUAAAAUGUGCAGUUUUGUCACACACACGGAUGUCUCAAGUUUUGAGGGUAGUGUGCAAUUGGAAUGCUGACUGCAGGAAUUUCCACCAGAGCUGUUGACAGAGAAUUGAAUGUUAAUUUCUGUACCAUACGGCGCCUCUAACUUCGUCUCAGAGAAUUUGGCAGUACGUUCAACCGGCCUCACAACCGCAGACUAUGUGUAUGGCGUCGUGUGGGCGAGCAGUUUGCAGCUGUCAACGUUGUGAACAGAGUGCCCCAUGGUGGCGGUGGGGUUAUGGUAUGGGCAUGCAUAAGCUACGGACAACUAACACGACUGCAUUUUAUCGAUGGCAAUUUGAAUGCACAGAGAUACCGUGACGAGAUCCUGAGGUCCAUUGUCGUGCCAUUCAUCUCAUGUUUCAGCAUGAUAAUGCACAGCCCCAUGUCGCAAGGAUCUGUACACAAUUCCUGGAAGCUGAAAAUGUCCCAGUUCUUCCAUGGCCUGCAUACUCACCAAACAUGUCACCCAUUGAAACUGUUUGGGAUGCUCUGGAUCGACGUGUACGACAGCGUGUUCCAGUUCCCGUCAAUAUCCAGCAACUUUGCACAGCCAUUGAAGAGAAGUGGGACAACAUUCCAUAGGCCACAACAGCCUGAUCAACUCUGUGAAGGAGAUGUGUCGCGCUGCAUUAGGCAAAUGGUGGUCACACCAGAUACUGACUGGUUUUCAGAUCUACUUUUUUUUUUUAAUUUUUUUAAGGAUGUUCCCAGUCAUGUGAAAUCCAUAGAUUAGUGGCUAAUGGAUUUAUUUCCAUUGACUGAUUUCCUUAUAAUAACUGUAACUCAGUAGAAUCUUUGAAAUUGUUGCGUUUUAUAUUGCCUCAUAAUAUUGUACAAUCUGUGUGUCGCGUCUUUGCCCUGGGCUAUUGUUUGUUUGAAUUCAAGACCAGAUUCAUCUCUGUUUGUCAGUGUCAGAGUAGCCACUCAUUUCGGUCAUUUGUGUGGUAUUACAAAAGAUUCAGCUAAUGUCAUGUAAAUGACGUAGUAUUGCAUGAAAUGCGUUUUAAAAGGCUGACAAACAAAUCCCAUGUGUGUGUGUCUUUGUCUAAUUGCGUGUGUAUGUCUCUCGCUCUCCAGGCUGUGAGGUGAUUGCGGUGAACACACGCUCCACCACUCAGACGUUCAUCUACAAGUGUGACGCGGUUCUGUGCACCCUACCCCUGGGUGUCAUGAAGCAACAGCCCCCUGCCGUACAGUUUGUUCCCCCCCUGCCAGAGUGGAAGACCUCUGCUAUCCAGAGGAUGGGCUUUGGCAACCUCAACAAGGUACGGAACACCCCUCUACUUGGCUUUGCAACACUGUUGUUUUUGGUGUUUAUCCAUGUGGACUGAGAUUAAUGUAAGACUUCUGUGAGUCUUGCUGCAGUGUCCUUGAGGUAGGAACUUGACCUUCAGUGGGAAGCCUGCUGCUGUACAAAUGGAUGUCUAUCAAAAACUCUUGGCUCACUUGAUAGUAAACAACUAGGAAGCAAAAGUAAAACGAUAGAGAUCUCUCCUGCUGUCAAGACAUGUAUUUCACUCAUUCACUCACCCUGUCAAUUUACAUGAGCAUCUUCAUUACCAUUCCGAGGCACCAGCCCAGGUGUUUUGUACAUACACAGUGCAAAGAACAAGGUUACCUCUCUCCCCAAAAUAGCAUUUUAUCCUGUUUUAUAUCAGCCCUGGGAGGGAGGGAGGGAGGGAGGGUGGGUGAGUGUGUACGGGUGGGUGAGUGAGGAUUUUGUCAAUCUGUUAGUAAUCAGAUCAGAAUCCAUCCUCCUCCUCCAGUCUUUCACUUUCUCUCUCUCUCUUUUCUCACUGAGCCCCAAUGUGCAUCAUCUACUGCAGAGUUUCUAUCUCCUAAUUUGGCUGCAGCAGAAAAUGCUGUAUUAUUAUGCAAUGGGACCUGUGUGUGUGUUUGUGGCGCCUCGCGGCCACCAGAGGGAGCUCAUCCUCUGAAUUCAAUUGAAUGGAGCCUAAACUCCACAACCUUCAUCAGCAAAACAUCCAUCUAAUGACAGCAUUUGUAAUAUGAAAAUAUUUUUGUGUGAAAUGGGUCUUAAACAAUUUUGACGAAUAUAGAACAGUCAGUUGGAACCACAGAGAUGAUAUAAUUCAGUUCUAUCUAAUUCUGUGUUUAGUGCGAUGAUAAAAUGCAGUCACUCAGGCUUCUCUCAUUUGGUCAAGUUCCAUCUUUCCCUCAGGUGUCUCUUAUGAAACAGUUCUCUUCUGAUUCAUCUGACUCUUCAGGGUGUUUUCUAUAUAGUGAUCAGUGCCAGAUCACUAGCGUCAUCAGAAAGGCCUAGAGCUCAGAAUUCCUCCUGCUCUCCCAGUCUCCAUGCUCUUACCUGUUCUGUUACCUCACCACACAGGCCAUCAAACCAGCCUUAUUGGCCCAAUUUAUGGACCUAUUGCCCAACUCCAAACUUUGCCUGGGAAACUGUCCUGACUAGACUGGUAUGUGUUUUUGGUGUGUAUUGAGUUACUCAUGCUGAUAUUGUGUGUCCCUCCCGUCACUAGGUGGUGCUGUGCUUUGACCGUGUGUUCUGGGACCCCAGUGUGAACCUGUUUGGCCAUGUGGGCAGCACUACAGCCAGCAGGGGAGAACUCUUCCUCUUCUGGAACCUCUACAAAGGUGAGCACAGUGAACCAGGCAAUUAUCUCAAAACGGUGGUAAUUGGGCUCUUUCUCAAUCAAAUAUAGUUUAAAAAGCACUUUUUACAUUAGCAGUUGUUAAAGUGCUUUAUAGAUACCCAGCCUAAAACUCCAAAGAGUAAGCAAUGCAGAUGCAGAAGCACAGCGGCUUGGGGAAAAACUUGUUUUGAAUGUCCAUCCUUUCAUCUCCUUCAUUGCACUGAUCUGAAAGGACUGACCAGGUGAAAGGCGGCCUAAUGAUGAGCUUCUUCCACCAUGUCGUUUUUCAUUGUCAAGUCGUCCACCGUGCAGAUAAAGGGGCUGGACAUAAGGAGAAGCUAGAUUUGUAAGCAAUUGAGAUCGAGACGUGGUGACAUUUGGAUGUAGUCACCCAUUUUGACUUGGGACAGAAUUUCAUUUACCUAUGCCUCUGAAGUUAAUCAAUGUGUGUUUUGUCCCCUCCCAGCCCCCAUACUGCUGGCACUGAUGGCCGGAGAGGCGGCCGGCAUCAUGGAGAACAUCAGCGACGACGUCAUCGUCGGACGCUGCCUCGCCAUCCUCAAAGGCAUUUUUGGAAGCAGUGCUGUACCUCAGGCAUGUGUGAAUUGGCUUGCUUUGGACAUAGAAAUAGAAUUACACUCAAAAUUGCAAAAUUGCUGCCGGUCCACCCAUCACUGAACGUUGACUUGAAUCAGAAUAUUUGUUCUAGUUAGUAUAUUUCUAUGUUUCUAUGAGUCCUCUCAAACCACCAGUCAAAUACAUCAUGGAAAAAGGUAUAAUGCAAGCUAAUCAUAUGUAGUUAUUCAUGUUGGUUAGCUUUGGAACUGUUUAGUGUUUACCAACCAUGUUUACUGGAAUUUGAUAUCGACAUGGAAACUCAUCGCUGUUUGUUGUCACGGCAGCCCAAGGAAACGGUGGUAACGCGUUGGCGUGCCGACCCCUGGGCGCGGGGCUCCUACUCGUACGUGGCGGCCGGUUCCUCCGGUAACGACUAUGACCUCAUGGCCCAGCCCAUCACCCCUGGCCCCGCCAUCCCCGGAGCAUCACAGGUAACACAUCUGACCACUAUGAUACAUUACGAGACAGUUUCCCGGAUACACAUUAAGUCUAGUCCUGGGUCAAUAAGCAUGCUGUGGAGAAUCUUCAUAAAAAGUGCUUUCAGGUCCAGGACUAGUCUUAAGCCUGUGCCCGGGAAACAAUACUCUAUACUCUACAUACUAGGGAUUAACACCGGUAAACCCCCCCCCCCCCCCCCCCCCCCAAAAAAAAAAAAUCAGCAGCAGACUGGCAAAUAAUUAAAUAGCACCUUAUCCAAACAGGUUAUCGCAUGGAAGCCUUUAGCCUAGCGUAUUUAUUUCACACAAAAGUUGCCAUAAAGUCAAAGCACACGCAUCAUUGACACUGCCGGACUGCACACAUGACCCAAAUGCAGUUUAGAGUUCUCAUCAGAACUGAAAAUUCGAUCCCGGUCCAACCCAAUCCUGGUAGGCUGAAGCCUGAGCCCAGACCUGAUUCGACAUCACAGAAAUGAAAUGAGCCCAAACCCAAACAUUUCGCGAAUACAGUGCCUUCAGAAAGUAUUCACACCCCUUCGCUUUUUCCACAUUUUGCUGUGUUACAGCCUGAAUUUAAAAUGGAUGAAACUGCAAUGUUUUGUCACUGGCCUACACAUAAUACCCCAUAAUGUCAAAGUGGAAUUAUGUUUUUCGAAAUUUUUACAAAUUACUAAUGAAAAGCUGAAAUGUCUUGAAUCAAUAACUAUUCAACCCAUUUGUCAUGGCAAGCCUAAAGUUCAGGACAAAAAAAUUGCUUAACAAGCCACAUAAUAACUUGCAUGGGCUCUGUGUGCAAUAAUAAUGUUAACAUGAUUUUUGAAUGACUACCUCAUCUCUGUACCCCGCACAUACAAUUAUCUGUAAAGUCCCUCAGUCAAGCAGUGAAUUUCAAACACAGAUUCAACCACAAAGACCAGGGAGAUUUUCCAAUGCUUCGCAAAGAAGGACAGACAUUUCAUAUCCCUUUGAUCAUGGUGAAGUUAUUAAUUACACUUUGAAUGGUGUAUCAAUACACCCAGUCACUACAAAGAUAUAGGCACCCUUCCUAAUUCAGUUGCCGGAGAGGAAGGAAACUGUUCGGGGAUUUCACCCUGAAGCCAAUGGUGACUUUAAAACCAGAGUUUAAUGGCUGUGAUAGGAGAAAACUGUGGAUGGCUCAAAAAAUUGUAGUUACUCUACAAUACUAACCUAUUUGACAGAGUGAAAAAAAAAGAGAAGCCUGUACAGAACACAAAUAUUCCAAAACAUGCAUCCUGUUUGCCACAAGGCACUAAAGUAAUACUGCAAAAAAUGUGGCAAAGCAAUUAACUUUUUGUCCUGAAUACAAAGUGUUAUGUUUGGGGCAAAUCCAAUACAACACAUUACUGAUUACCACUCUCCAUAUUUUCAAGCAUAGUGGUGGCUGCAUCAUGUUAUGGGUUUGCUUGUAAUUUUUAAGGACUGGGAUAAAAAAUAAACUGAAUGUAGCUAAGCACAGGCAAAAUCCAAGAGGAAAACUUGGUUGUCUGUUUUCUACCAGACACUGGAGAUGAAUUCACCAUUCAGCAGGACAAUAACCUUAAACACAAGGCCAAAUAUACACUGGAGUUGCUUACCAAGAAGACAUUGAAUGUUCCUGAGUGGCCUAGUUACAGUUUUGACUUAAAUCUGCUUGAAAAGCUAUGGCAAGACUUGAAAUGGUUGUCUAGCAACGAUCAACAACCAAUUUGACAGAGCUUGAAGAAUUUUGAAAAUAUUGCACAAUCCAGGUGUGCAAAGCUCUUAGAGACUUACCCAGAAAGACUCAUAGCUGUAAUCGCUGCCAAAGGUGAUUUUAACAUGUAUUGACUCAGAUGUGUGAAAACUGAUAUGAAUUCAUUUUCAAUAAAUUAGUUAAUAUUUCUAAAAACAGGUUUUCACCUUGUCAUUAUGGGGUAUUGUGUGUAAAUGUGUGAGGGGAAAAAAAUUGAAAUGUGGAGAAAGUCAAUGGGUAUGAAUACUUCCUGAAGGCACUGUAUUAAUUUUAACUGGUGUUGAGAACAACGUGGCGGAGGUGGGAGGCAGCAGAGUGAGGAGAUGAAACAGCCAUUGGGCAUAGAAAAGGUGCAGAGAGGAAAACUCAUCUUAGUUAUGAACAACUGAAUGAUGGAAAUACGGGAAUAAAGUUGGCUAAUGCAAUUGAAGGCAUGUGUCAAAUUCUUCCUUAUACUGAAAUUCCCAAAGUCAUAUCCAAAUGUUAUAUUAAUUUAAAGCAAUAGUCGUGUGUGGUCACCUAGAUUAUCAUUUCAGCACCGUUUUGAUUGGGACAGCGCCAUCGCGCUGCUUUGAGACAAUCGUGGGGGACUCCUCUAGAUAAAUCUCCGUUUGGAAAUUUGGUAACAAUUAGGCUGGGGAAAUGUUAGCUGGUGAGUGCUAAUGAUAAUCUUUUCUAGUUUGCUCAUAUAUUAGCUGGUCAGAACAUUUUGCUAGCAUGUUAUACAAGUGGAUUUUGUUCUUCAGUACUCCCGACCAAAAGCCUGUGACUUCUCUGAUAAUCAAUCGAUGUGAUUUUGUUUCACUGAAUCUGUCUGUAGAUGUGGUUAAUUGAUCUCUGGCUGGACAGGUGGAAGUGGUAGCUUAUUUAUUCGUUUGCUCAUCGAUCACUGAUCAGAAACAUUUAGCAUGCAACAAUGUAGCCUAAAUCAAGUGUAUGAUGUAUUUAUUGACUCGCAUAGUAGCCUUAUAUAUAGCCUAGGCUAUUUUCCUAUGGUCCCAAUCCGACUGAAACCCCAAAUCCUGACUCCUGUCUCGCAUGAAAAUUCCUAACUUUAUUCUGUAAUCCAUAGGUUGCAUUAUCAAAGCACGUCUCGCCUAUACAUGUCAAAAUACCGCUGUAACAUUUCACCCGCUUCUCUGCUCGUGCUGCUGCCCAUAAUAUGAGAGCUUCGGUAGGGAAUGUGUGAUCAACAAACAGUAUGAAAGUAGAUAUGGAUAUAUAUUUUUUUAAACAGUUGGUCCCCGUUAGGAAACGGUACCUUGAUAUUUAAACCAUUUCCUUAUGAACAAAGACUAUAACCCCCAUCUGUUGAAUCAUUAAACGGCCCAUUGCUUUAAGCCAAUGAGAAUGUUGAAUAUUACCACACGCUAGAAAGUCGCUCUGCACGUUUCAUAUUUCUUUUGGGCCGAUCCCAUUCACUAAACCUCCAGAGCAUGUGUGCAAAUCUCAUCCUCCGUAGCCAACCCACAAUUAUUUGACCAAACCGAGUGGUUCCCGACAGAUGUUUUAGGGUUGUUCUGAUGUUGACACACUGAUUGAUGGGAACACUCAAAUUGAUGUUUGGGAUGAUGAGUUUGUCAUUUUGAUGGUUUUGUCGUUUCUCUCCCUCCCCCCCUUCGCAGCCUGUCCCUCGUCUGUUCUUCGCUGGGGAGCACACUAUCCGGAAUUACCCGGCCACGGUGCAUGGUGCUCUGCUCAGCGGCCUGCGAGAGGCGGGACGCAUCGCAGACCAGUUUCUGGGCGCCAUGUACACCCUUCCCCGACAGGCCAUGCCCACCGCUGCCCCUCAGCCCUCCCCCAGCGUCUAGACCCCUUUCCCUUUACAAUGUCCUUCCAUGUUCAGGUGAUGUCAGUGACUCCUGCUAACGAAGACUCUUUAGAUGUAAAGAAUGGGCCUGUCAUUUGUUUUUUGUUUUACCACCACCAAUGCUAAUAUAUGGACAAAACUGUUGAACCCCACUGUACAUUCUCAAAGGACGAGCCAGUACCAGCACUUUACUUAGCCCGUUCUUGUCCCCUUUAAUAUGACAUCAUCCACCACCUCCUCACUCAACAGUCAAUGCAGUGAGUCCUCAUAGCUGAUGCAGCUAGAUGGAACCUUCCAUUGAAGUCUCAGCUGGUUCAGUCUCCCUUCCGGCUCUGCUAGCUAACCUCAUAGUGCUGUUUAGGAUGUGAUCAGUCAUGGAUAAAGGUAGGAAGGGCCUGUUUGAAUGGACAGACCUAAACCAGGGUCUACUAUGAGCAGGGUACCCAGUUCCUACCCCAGUAGGAUGACACUAGUGUCAUGGCUGACCUUGUUCCCUUGUCC